AACGAACGGAAGGGCUCGAAAACCGUAGAAGCAUAGUCGCAGCUGCAUCAGCCCGAUCAGUCGCUUCUCGUCUACCGUAGGGGUUGAAUUGUUCGCGUAUUCCGUAUUCCGUGCCACCCGUUGUUUUUUUCGUGCUGUUUCCUCUCGAAAUACUCGCGUUAUGUUGUUCGAGAAUCCUCCCGGUAAAUUGUACGCUCCUUAUAAUGUGCCGCCCCCCGUUUCGGUGCUCCAGCCGCCGCCUCUUGUAGGCACCGCCAUGGGCGAGGGCAACGGGCUGAUCGACCACCACGACCUCCACGGCAACGUGAUCCCUAUCAAUGGCAGCCAUUCGGGCUCGUCGGGCCGCAGCACGCCCAACAAUGCGGGCGACCCCGCCCCUGGCAAGCUGUUCGUGGGCGGCCUCAGCUGGCAGACGUCCAGCGAGAAGCUCAAAGAGUACUUCGGCAUGUUCGGCAACGUCACUGAUGUUCUGAUCAUGAAGGACCCCGUCACGCAGAGAAGCCGUGGUUUCGGCUUCAUCACCUUCUCCGAACCUACCAGCGUGGACAACGUUCUCAAAGUACCCAUCCACACCCUAGACGGCAAAAAAAUCGAUCCGAAACACGCCACCCCGAAAAACCGCCCCAAGCAGCCCAACAAGACCAAGAAAAUCUUCGUGGGUGGCGUCAGCCAAGACACCUCCGCCGACGAAGUUAAAGCCUACUUCAGCCAAUUCGGCAAAGUCGAGGAAACGGUUAUGCUGAUGGACCAACAAACGAAAAGACACCGAGGUUUCGGUUUCGUCACCUUCGAGAAUGAAGAUGUCGUUGACAGAGUCUGCGAAAUUCACUUCCAUACGAUCAAAAAUAAGAAAGUCGAGUGCAAGAAGGCACAGCCCAAAGAAGCAGUGCAAGCUAGUGCGCAGCUGCUGGGCAAACGCCUGAUGCUCAGCGGUCUAGGCAUGCGCAUGGCUGCCCCAGCGCCUGGAACUCUCACAGUCAACCCUUUGGCAACAAUGCAAGCGCAAGCGCACAUGCAAGCCGCAGCCGCUGCCUCGGCCGCAGCAGCGCAGGCGCAGUCCGUAGCCGUCGCUGGGUACGGCAAGCUGUUCGGUGCCUACCCGCACUUGGCCAGCUACCGCUACUCCCCUUACCCGAUGGCGGCGGUCAGCGCGGGCAUGCCUCAGGGCGCAGGCGCGGCUGCCGCGCAUGCGCAGAACCCCGCGCAGGCGGCCGGGGCUCCGCAGUUGGCGCAGCAGGUUAACGCGGCGCCCUACCAGGGGUACAAUCUCACCAACGUGGACAUGUCGAGCUUCCAGGGGGUGGAUUGGGGCUCGAUGUACGGGGUGGGCAUGUACGUUUGAAGGGUUGAAGAGGGGUGAGAGAGGACUUCCGAUGAUGCAUUUUUUUUUCGGUGUAAAUAGGAAUCUCAUUGCGACGUGCUGUAGUUGGCAAGGUCACACAUUCGCUUGUCGGGUACUUUUUCUUGGAUGCAGUCUUUUUGAGUGAGGAGAGAGUUGCAGGGAAGGCUCUAGAAGUGGCAGAUGUCAAUUAAUUGAAGGAAUGCAGCUGCUGGUUUUUUUCUUGCUAUUCAAUUUGCGAUAAAUCGACGUAAAUUGAUUACGUGCAGGUGUACUAAUCAGUAUGCGCUGUAAAUAACAAUGAGUUAUACUAUAUUUUGUUGUUUUUUUUCGUUUAUCAAUUCGAAAUUAUUCAUCAAUUGAUGUGUCAUGUAUCAUACAAGGUGGAUCAGAUUGAACAUUGAAUAUUUCUUCCUGAUAUUAUUUCCAUUGUUACAAGGAGUCAAAGUUUACAAAAAUAUAUUAUUUUCUCACAACUUUGAGAAACAAGCUGCAAAUCUAACGGAAUUCAGUAUGAAUGUCAUUGUUGAAAAGCGUCAUUAUUCGAAUUGCAAAAAGAGUAUGAGUUCCAUGAGGAGUUUCAUAUACAUAAGUUGUGAUGGGUAAUAAAAGCAUUGUAAAAAUCAAUCUAGAUUCCGAUUCAAGCAAACAACUUGGCAGAAAUAAACCUGACUUGACUGUUAUUACUCUAUUCAAAUAUAGGGUGAGCAGAGUCUCACUUUUCACCACUUCUGGAGGCUUUCCAUUUAUUUCUCUCCUCGUAUAUUUUCGCUAGUACAGCAUAUCGGCAAUAACUCGCAAUAAUCAGUAUUAAUUCAAAUUGAGUGCUGUUCAAAUUUUCCUUAUUGUAAUCCUGAUAUUCCUGUUGGAUGGCAAUAACGAUAUCUUCGGCGAAAUUAAUUUGUGCCCGAAAUGAUGAUUAUUUUUUUCCCGAAAGGUUGUGUUUCAGUGUACUUAAAUUAUUAACUGCUAGUGAGUACUUAGUUUAUUGUAUUCGACUUUUGGACUGAUGUAGGGACGAUACUUUUUACGAAUCGAGUUUAGCGUUUUUUUUUAUUUUCUUCAUUACUUAUUGAUAUUAUUAUACUCCGUUGUUCGAUCUCAUUCGUUAUUGGAUUCUUAGUAUGUAAGAUUUCUAUGACAUGAUAUUGGUAGAAAUGCUGCCGAACAUAUUAUAUUCAAAACAACUGAUGGGAACAAUCAGUUG